AUGCAAGCUAGACCCAGUGAGCUCAUACGCCUGCGUCGCUCGCCCGCAGCCUUCUGCAAGUUCGACGUCGAAGACCCCUUGGGCUGGCAGAAAUCCCUCACCGACGAGGAGCAGGCCAUCUCUGAGACGGCCCGCUCCUUCUGCCAGGAGACGCUACAACCCAAAGUCCUUGAAAUGUGGCGUAAAGAGUCCUGGGACCCCACGAUCCUCACCUCGCUGGGCGAGCUUGGUCUGCUCGGCCCUACCAUCAAUGGCUACGGGUGCGCUGGCGUAAGCAAUGUAGCGUACGGUCUCAUCACCCGCGAGCUGGAGCGUGUGGACAGUGGCUUCAGAUCAAUGAUGUCCGUACAGUCGUCCCUCGCCAUGGGCGCCAUCAAUCAGUUCGGAAGCGAGGCGCAAAAGGAGAAAUACUUGCCCCGCAUGGCCAAGGGAGAGCUCGUAGGCUGCUUUGGAUUGACAGAACCCAACCACGGCUCUGACCCGGCAGGGAUGGAGACUGUCGCGGAAGACAAGGGGGAUGGGACUUUUGUGCUCAACGGGAGCAAGACGUGGAUCUCCUCAUCUCCGUACGCAGACGUGUGCGUCAUCUGGGCAAGAUGCAAGUGGGACGACAAGGUGCGUGGCUUCCUCGUCGACAAGGGAACCAAGGGUCUCUCCUGCCCACCAAUCAAGAACAAGAUCCAGCUGCGAGCGUCCGUGACCGGUUCCAUCUUCCUCGAAGACGUGGUGGUGAAGAGGGAUGAGUCACUCCUCCCUCUCGCUCGCCCUGGAUUGGGCUCACCAUUCGAGUGCCUCAACUCGGCACGAUAUGGCAUUGCUUGGGGAGCACUGGGAGCCCUCGAAUCGUGCAUUACAGAGUCUACUCAGUACGCUCUGGAUCGCAAGCAGUUCAAGAAGCCCCUUGCCGCCUUCCAGCUUGUCCAGAAGAAGAUCGUCGACGCCCACACCGAGGCGGCGCUGGGCUUCGCAGGGUGCAUGCUGCUGGGCCGAGCAAAGGACAACAAGGGAGAGUGGUGCCCACAGCAAGUCUCUAUGCUUAAGCGCAACAGCACACGUAAAGCGUUGGAGCACGCAAGGAUUCUGCAGGAGAUUCUGGGAGGAAACUGCUCAGCAGACGAGUACGGGCUGAACCGCCACGUAGCGAAUCUCGGCGUAGUCAACACUUACGAGGGUACGAGCGAUAUACACGCCUUGAUUCUUGGACAAGCCAUUACCGGCCACCAGGCAUUCUUUUAG